AAAGAAAUGAUGCUAUAUCUGGUCGUACUACAUCCAUCUACUCACCAUGCUUUUUCACCAGUCGUCAUGGUUACAAGAUGUGUGCUCGAGUAUAUCUGAAUGGAGAUGGAAUGGGCAAGGGCAACCAUGUCUCCCUGUUCUUUGUCAUCAUGAGGGGUUCAUUUGAUGCACUGUUAAGAUGGCCAUUCAGACAAAAGGUCACUUUCAUGCUGCUGGAUCAAAACAACCGAGAACAUGUCAUCGACGCAUUUCGUCCAGACCCUACAUCGAAUUCCUUCAAGCGUCCUACUGGUGACAUGAAUAUUGCCAGCGGCUGCCCUUUAUUCAUGCCUCUGUCUCAACUGGACAGCAGUCGUCAUGCUUAUGUAAAAGACGACUGUAUGUUUAUCAAGGUGAUCGUAGACACUACUGAUAUAAACUAAUUUAUAUGGCCAUCCAAGUAUCCUACCAGCGACAUGAAUAUUUCCAGCGGCUGCCUGUUAUUCAUGUCUCUAUCUCAACUGGACAGCAGUCGUCAUGCUGACGUUAACGACAACUGUAUGUUUAUCAAGGUGAUUGUAGAUACAACCAAUUUAAAUCAAUUUAUAUCGUUUAAGUAUUCUAUCGGUAACAUGAAUAUUUCCAGUGGCUGCCCUUUAUUCAUGCCUCUGUCUCAACUGGACAGCAGUCGUCAUACUGACGUUAACGACAACUGUAUGUUUAUCAAGGUGAUUGUAGACGCAACCAA